AUGUCUCAGAUUCAAAAAAUUGAAGCAAUGGAUGUUCUGAAAAGUUAUGUGGAAGAGAAUUUCGCCAACCCAUCAAUACCAUUGAAGAAUGAACGAAUGGCUUAUGAGCUUGGUGUUCUUGCUGAGGUUGGUGAAUUACUGUAUAAUUGUGCCUCUGCUACUUUGGCACAUGACGCUACCACUGUUGCUGGGAAACAUAUAGUUGAAAUUCACUUCUGCCUCUCUCCCAUGCAAGUUCCUGCAUUCAAAUUAGCAGUUGAAAACUUGAACAAAAUGCAACAAGAUCCUCAAAAUAUUUUUUCAGUUAAAUGUGAUGUAUUUGGAGGAAGCUUGGAAGAGGAUGAAGUUUUUCAGUCAUUGAUCACUUCAAGAUAUGAUAACAAGCUUCUAAUUUCCAUUUUCUCUUCUCUAGUUCAGUGUUUUCUGGACUCUAAAGUUUGGGCUAAAGCAAAUCACACUUUGGAAUGGCUGGAUUGCAAAGCACAGGAUGUACAGAAAGUCAUGAUACAGUUUGCGAUAAGGAAAAAUGAAAUGAGAAGAAAAAUUUGUCGAAACAUGGAACAAAGGGCAGAUGGCAGUAUCUUGCUGAGAUGCAAAGCAACAAAAAAGAAUGAAGAAAAAGCAAGGAAGAAUACAGAACAUGCUAUUCUUGAGUUGUUGGUCAAUAAUUGA